AUGUCGUCGUUCUGGCAUAUGUCUCGAAUGAUGGAUCGCAUCAUGGACGAGUAUUUGAGAGAAAUGCACAGGUCCUCGAACCAGCCCAUAGCACCCUACUGGCGGGACGCCGAUCACUCAGUGCUGCAGGUUGCAAAUGAGGCGCACCAGGUCAUUGACGAUGAUAAGAAGUUCGCCAUAUCGUUGGAUGUGUCACAGUUCAAGCCAGAAGAGUUGAAGGUCAAUUUGGAUGGCAGGCUGCUGACCGUUGAAGGCAAGCAGGAGUGCAAGAACGAGAACAGCUUCAUGGCUAGGUCGUUCGUCCGCUCUUGGAGUCUCCCUGAGGACGUGAAUUUGGAAGGUCUGAAAACUGAACUCAGCGACAAAGGCAAGCUCACCAUCGAAGCUCCGAAGAAUCCGAAUACUUCGAAGAAGAGUAUUCCCAUACAGCACGGUUCUUCUUGCUCCCACAGUCAAAGUUCCCACAGUCACACUCACACCCGUAGUCGCAGUCGUCGUGAUCAUUAG